AUGUCGGAUCUCAGCGAUCGGCCGUCAGAAACCCUCUCUGACCAUGGCAGCAACGGCCUCAAGACGUCCGACGAACAUGACACCGGGCUUCAUUUCAUUGACAACCAUGAUGUCUCUAGUUUCAGCAACCGUGCUGGAAUUGCCAUUGCCAACGGGCUUCCCCUCGAAGACGCAGAUUUAGACGAAGACGAUGAAGAGGAGGUGGAUGAGGACUAUGUCGCUGUUGAUCACGAUGAUAUAAACGAAUUUCCAUACUGGUUUCGUCGCCCACCUGUUCACCACCGCACCAAACUCGAGGAAUUGCACCCCUUCGUACAGGUUUUGACGGAGUCGAACGUGGAUGAUUGUGUGAAUGUGGAAAGUGCUUUCCCGGAACAAGAGCGCUGCAGUCGCGAGAAAUUCCUCUACCGCCUCGGAAGGUGUCCUGAACUCACUCUGGGUCUCUUCACCCUUCCCAUCCUUCAAGAAGGUCAGGCCAAACCUCGUCCAACGCUGGUUGGACAUGUCGUUGCUACUCGGACCUCGGGGCCUCGCGUGACAGAUGCUUCCAUGCUGCUCCCGCCCAAGUGGCAGACCGAGCGGAUGACCAUCGAGAAUGGAGAAACCCUCGGUCAUGAUGAGUACGGUGCUACAAUCGUUAUUCAUUCCCUUGCGGUUCUGCCCGAACAUCAGGGAAAGCAGGUCGCCAGCACUUUGAUGAAGGCGUAUAUCCAGCGCAUUAAGGAAGCGGCUAUUGCGGAGCGCAUUGCGCUUAUCUCCCACGACAACUUGAUUCCAUUCUACGAGUCGCUUGGGUUCGAGAACACUGGUCCUAGCAAUUGUAAAUUCGGUGGCGGUGGUUGGUAUGAUUUAGUUAUGGAGUUUAUUCAAGAAUAA